AUGGGUUCCAAGGAAUUCGACACGGACAGCAAAUAUGGCCGCGAUCUCGAGUCGACGACUGCUGAGGCGUCCACCGAGUUCAGCCUGGCAGUGCAAGGCCAACAGCUGGAGCGUGGCCUCAAGAGUCGACACAUCCAGUUCCUGGCACUCGGUGGUGCCAUUGGCACCGGUCUCUUCAUCGGAUCCGGCCGCAUUCUCGCAGAUACCGGCCCGGCUCCCCUGUUCAUGGGCUACCUCUCCAUGAUGCUGGUCGUCUGGUGUGUCAUGAACGUCCUCGCUGAGAUGGUCACCUACCUGCCCAUGCGGGGCAUUACCGUGCCGUACUUUGUCAACCGCUUCGUCGACCCUUCGCUUGCCUUCGCCGCCGGAUGGAACUACUGGUAUGCCUACGCCAUGCUCGUCGGCGCCGAGGCUGUCGCUGCCGGGCUCAUCAUCGACUACUGGCAGCCGCCCGUGCACAUUGCCGUAUGGAUCACCAUUGUCCUGGUCGUCAUGCUGGGACUCAACAUGUUUGCGGUAGGCCUCUUUGGUGAAGCCGAGUUCUGGUUCGCUAGCAUCAAGUUCAUCACCAUUAUGGGCUUGAUCAUCGUCGGCUGGGUCAUCUUCUUUGGCGGUGCGCCGGACCAGACAAAGGUCCGCGCCUUCACCUACUACGACGAUCCAGGCGCAUUCAAUCCAUACCAGACCGGAGGCAGCGCAGGCAACUUCCUCGCCUACUGGCAUGCCUUUGCCUCCGCCGGCUUCGCCUUCAUCACCUCCCCCGAGCUCAUCGCCACGGCUGCUGGCGAGACCGUCGCCCCUCGACGCAACAUCCCCAAGGCUGCUCGUCGCUUCAUCUGGCGUCUCGCCGUUUUCUACGGCCUCGGAUCCUUCCUCAUCGGUAUUAUGGUGCCCUUCAACCACCCACAGCUGCUGGGCAACUCCGCCGACGCGCAGAGCAAUGCCAGCGCCUCGCCUUUCGUCUUGGGUAUCCAGGGUGUCGGCAUUCCCGUCUUGAACCACAUCAUCAAUGCCGCUAUCCUCACCUCGGCCUGGUCGGCCGGCAACUCCUUCCUGUACUCAGGUUCGCGUGUCCUCUACUCCCUCGCCCUCAAGGGCCAGGCGCCCAAGUUCUUCAAGACCACCAACCGCCACGGCGUGCCUUACCUUGCUGUUCUGGCCACCUGGUGCAUCGGUCUCCUCGCGUACCUCAACGUCUCGAGCUCGGGUGCCACCGUCUUCAACUGGUUCAUGAACAUCUCCACCAUUUCCGGCUACAUCGCCUGGAUUGUCGUCCUCAUCACCUACCUCCGCUUUCGCAAGGCCAUGCGUCUCCAGGGCAUGUGGGAGCAGCUGCCGUUCAAGACGCCCGGCCAGCCCUACCUGGCCUGCUUCGUCCUCUUCCUCAUCUGCCUGCUCACGCUCACAAACGGGUUCCAGAUUCUCAUCCCCCGCAACUGGGACGUGCAGAACUUCCUGGCGGCCUACAUCACCAUUCCCAUCUUCCUGGUGCUAUACUUUGGACACAAGGCGUGGACCCGCACGCCGUUCUUCAUUCCUGCAAGCGAAAUCGACUGUAUCUCGGGCAAGAGGGAGAUGGACGAGAUGGCCGCGACCGACAUUGCGCCCGUCGCGAAGAACUGGCUGCAGAGGGUCUGGUACUGGAUUGCCUAA